AUGGGUAACCAAAGCUCCCGGGAGAGUGGCUCCAAGGGCUCCGGCUCUGCCGGCCCUGACGGCCCCCUCCAGUCUUACCCAUCGUUCAGCAGAUCUGAUACCAAGGACUCGUCGCGAUCCUUUCGCUCCCUGCGAUCCAAGAUCCCCGGCAGCGGCAAGACGGACAGCCCCAGGAACUCUCAGAUUAUAUCCAACGGCGAUUCUACAACCGACUCCAAGAGCGAAGAGACCUCUGGACGGUCCGGUAGGAGCGGGCGCUCGAGCUCAUCCCGAUUGAGCCGGAGUGAGCUCCCUCCCCUCAAGACAGAUGCGACAGACAUCUCCACUUCCGAGUCAGCGCUUGCAGAGUCGGCCGUUGGAGAUGACCAACCCCCGCCGUCUCCCGUCCAGGGCCACACCAAGGGCGGCACCCACGACGUGAGCGCGGCUCAAGCUUCGGGUGAGGUUGAUCAUGUCUCGGAUCAGCCGCCGUCGGUCAACGCGGGUGCGAAUGCGCACAUGCAGAACCCAGGCCAGUCGAUCCUGGUGAAGCGGGAAAACACCAUCAACCCUAUCCACAAUGGCCCCUCGGCAGACUCCAAGGAGGGCUCCAAUGUUGCCAUGUCAGACAUCAAGGAUAUUGAUCUCGAUGAUUUUAUAAAGCGACUCUUGGAUGCAGGCUACGCUGGAAAGGUUACCAAGAGUGUCUGCCUGAAGAAUGCCGAAAUUGUCGCCAUUUGUCAGAGGGCCAGGGAAGUCUUCCUGUCGCAACCUGCGCUCCUGGAAUUGGAUGCCCCCGUCAAGGUUGUUGGAGAUGUUCAUGGCCAGUACACGGACGUUAUCAGAAUGUUUGAGAUGUGCGGAUUCCCCCCGAACUCCAACUACCUAUUCCUGGGCGACUAUGUCGAUCGAGGCAAGCAAUCUCUGGAGACGAUCCUUCUACUCCUAUGCUAUAAGCUCAAGUUCCCCGAGAACUUUUUCCUCCUCCGCGGAAACCACGAGUGCGCUAACGUCACACGAGUGUACGGAUUUUACGAUGAGUGCAAGAGGCGCUGCAACGUCAAGAUCUGGAAGACAUUCAUCGACUGCUUCAACACACUCCCCAUCGCCGCCAUCGUUGCCGGCAAGAUCUUUUGCGUUCACGGAGGCCUAUCGCCGGCGCUGGUCCACAUGGACGAUAUUCGAAACAUUGCUCGACCAACAGACGUCCCCGACUACGGCCUGCUCAACGAUUUGCUUUGGUCAGACCCCGCAGACAUGGAGCAGGAUUGGGAAGCCAACGAGAGGGGCGUCAGCUACUGUUUUGGAAAACGCGUCAUCACCGAGUUUCUGGCGGAUCACGACUUUGAUCUUAUCUGCCGCGCACACAUGGUGGUCGAGGACGGGUACGAAUUCUUUAAUGACCGGGUUUUGGUUACUGUCUUUAGCGCCCCCAAUUACUGCGGCGAAUUCGACAAUUGGGGCGCAGUCAUGUCUGUGUCUGCGGAGCUCCUUUGCAGCUUUGAGCUCUUGAAGCCUCUUGACUCGAGCGCUUUAAAGAGUCAUAUCAAGAAGAGCCGGAACAAGCGGCAGCACAUGUUGAACAGUCCGGUAAGUAAUAUAUGCCCG